CACUCCCAAAGCAGAGCAUCUAACGGACAGGUUUGUUCAUUUCGAGUGGCACGACUGACGACGCGCGCCUCCGAUCAGAGUUCGGACUGCCAGAGUCACUGAUUCAUGGGCUGACGGCAGUCAACAGAGUCCAGACCAUCGGCACCGACGACUCUGUCCUCCGACGCACUACUUCGCACAGUCUGACAGUCAGUUUUCUUUGAAUCUCAAUUUAGUUUGUAAUUGAAGAUUUAAAUAUUGAAUUGAAUAUUUUUUUCAUGUAUGUUCUUAACUUCAAGGUUUUCAUGUAUAUUGUACUGAUAUAUGGAUGUUUUGAACAUUUUGAAGCUAAUUAGGGUAGAUUUCCCGCGUGUUCUUAAUUACUAGGUUUUCUUGGUUUCUGGCGACUACAUAUUAGUAAUCCAUACCAUCAAUUGUUGAAAGUAAUUUAUUUCAAAAUUCGAAGUGAUUUCUUGAUUUUUUUGGUGUCCUGAGAUGAAAUGACUAACUUUGAGAUGAGAAGAACAGAAUCAAAACUUUCAAAAUUCAAUCAAGUUGGAAUAAAGCUGUUAGUGUAUUUCAAUCAGACUUAUUUUUUUGGAUGUGGUUUUUUUUCAAACUUUGUUGAAUAUUUACAUUAUGCACUGCAUUUAAAAUAUGACAAUUGCAUUAAUUAUAACAUUGUUGAAUGUAAUUUUUUUUUAUGUCUUAUUGACAUCAUUUGUUUUUAAAUUUGGAUCUGCCGCUGAUAACUACAAUUAGCAAGGAAAACUUAGGAUAAAAGCAGUAGUCUAGGAUUUUCAUCUUGGCCCUCAAAGCUGAACUGCAGAGAAAGAGAGCGACCUAUUGAACUGUAUCUAGCACUGCGCCAUGACAAAUCUGACUUUUAGUACUCGGGUUUCUUAACAAACUUGAGAAGAUUCUAGAGGCCGAUUAAGAAGGGAUUGGAGGACGAAGAACAGGGCAAAUCCCUUCAAGUCAUAGAUGGUCUGAGUGAUUUAUCAUCCUGAAUACACCACAGUGCAACUUUUAUUGAUAUAUUCACCCUUGGAUCAAGAUCUAUUACCUUCAAUCUUGGAUCUAAGAUCAAAUUCAUUCGACCUUGUUCCAUCAUUUUGAAUGCAAAUGAUGUUAAAUGUGCUUUUUCUUUAGGUUCACUUGGAUUAUAAUUCUUCAUCCCACCAAUGAUCUCUAGUAAGACCAUACCAUAACUAUAAACGUCACUUUUCUCUGAAAUCGUGCAGUGUGUAAUACAUUCAGGUGCUAAGUAACCCCUUGUACCCCUUAAUGUCGUAAAUACAUGACUAUGUUCCUUGUUCAUUAACUCAGCUAACCCAAAAUCUUGUACUAUUUAACUGCGGUAGCAUUUUCGUUAAAUUUUUGUUAAAUCUGUUUAAUUUAUUAUUUUGUAAGAUUUUUCAACGUGGUAGCAUUUAAUUUUUGUUCUCAAAUGUUUAAUUCACCAUUUUGACGUUUAAUUUACCGAUUAGUUUAUCAACACACUUAAAUGUUGUAACAAUUUUAUUUUCAUUCUAAUUAUUGGCAUUAUGAUGUUCAAAAAGUGCUUACAAACACUAAUAAAUAAUUCAAAAGACGCACUUUAUAAGCUCAAAAGGUGCAUUUCAUAAGUUCAAAAGGUGCAUUCCAAGUACUAAUACAUAUCUAUUUAAUUGUUACAACAUUUAAGGGCGUUGAUAAAUUAAUCGGUGAAUUAAACGUUAAAAUGGUGAAUUAAAUAUUUGAGAGUAAAAAUUGGAUGCUACCAUGUGGAAAAAUCUUACAAAAUAAUGAAUUAAACAAAUUUAACAAGAAUUUAACGAAAAUGCUAUGGCAGUUAGAUAGUGCAUAAACUGGAUGCUAUCAUGUGGAAAAAUCUUACAAAAGUGCUACCACUGACGUUUCAUGAAAAGUAGAUACUAUUAUGUGAAAUUUUCCUAAAUAAAAAAUUAAAUGACGAAAUAAAUAAUGGUUAAAAGGACAAAAUAAAUAAUGGAUAAGGACUCACAAAUGCAAAUAUAAAUGAAUAUCAUCCAUUAUUUGUGAUUUGUGAAGUAAUAAACUAGAGAUUAGUGAUAAACAUGUUAAAUGUAUCUAAAUUGCAAAGAAGUUUAUGUGGAAAUCGUCCCAAGGAUCCCCAAUCAUUAGUUCUAACUAUUAGAAGUAUUCUAGAAAUAUCUAAUAUAGUUAUAGAAAUAUUUUAGGGCAAUGAGUGAGUUUUGGUGCUUUGUGCAAAAUAAAAUUAAUCAAUUUUAGUAGGGGAAACAUGAAGGUAACUGGGGGUUACAUUACAUACUUCUAUAAGUCAUUCAGAGAGUAACUUUUCCUUCUCUUUUUGAAUUGAAUAUCAAAGCAUAUGUUUCUAUAUUAAGUAGCAAUCUUCUACAUUAGAGCACCUAGAUGCAAGUGUAAUUCAUAAAGAAUUGUCUUGUUUUUAACUAUUGAUAGUUAAAAUAUAGCUGGUCACCGAUGUGUGGAAAAUCAUUCUUUCACUAAACUUGUUAAUUUAGAAAACAAGACAGUUUUUAAUGACUUUCAAUUUUCUUGUCAUAUUUAAUGUAAAUCGCCAUUAUGUUGCAGCCUUGCAGGAAUCUAUUGAUCAAAAUAUAUGACUUUUUCCGGUCAAAUGGACAAGAGCAUAUUUUCCACUUUCGAAAUCCAAUCCAUUGCCAAAAAGAAUCAGCAAGCAAUGCUGCUCUAACAACAAACGCAUUCACCGGAACAUACGGCGUAAACUACGGAAGAAUCGCCGAUAAUCUGCCACCACCCGAAAGUGUAGUAACACUUCUUAAAGCUGCAAGAAUAAAGAACAUAAGAAUAUACGACGCCGAUCAUAGUGUUCUAUCCGCAUUUGCAGAUAGUGGGAUCGAAAUAAUUGUAGGUCUUGGUAAUGAAUUUUUAAAAGACAUAGCCGCUAAUGGAGAAAAAGCAAUGGAUUGGAUAAAAAUUAACGUACAACCAUUUCUUCCAAGGACCAAAAUUGUUGGAAUUGCCGUAGGUAAUGAAGUUUUAGGUAGUGGAAAUGACCAAGAACUUUGGGAAGCAUUAGUAAUUGCGGUAAGAAAUGUAUAUAUAUGUCUAGAACGUCUACAAUUAUCUCGAUCGAUUCAAGUUUCGAGUCCUCAUUCUGAAGGCGUAUUUGCUACGUCCUUUCCUCCAUCGGCAGGAGCCUUUAAGGAAGAGAUUUUACCUUAUAUGAAGCCGCUUUUACAGUUCUUUUCGCAAGUUGGUUCGCCUUUUUAUAUAAAUGCAUACCCAUUUUUGGCCUAUAUAAGUGAUCCUACUCAUAUUGAUAUUCGUUACGCGUUGUUUAAGAAAAACCCGGGGAUUAUUGACACAAAGUCUAAACUUCAUUAUGAUAAUAUGUUUAUGGCUCAAAUUGAUGCGGCCUAUUUUGCGUUAGAAAAAGUUGGGUAUAAUAAAAUGGAGGUGAUUGUAUCGGAAACUGGAUGGGCUUCUAAGGGUGACCCGAACGAGCCCGGAACAACUAUAAAGAAUGCAAGGACUUAUAAUUUGAAUUUAAAGAAGUUGUUGUACAAAAAGAAAGGUACACCUUAUAAACCACAUACACCUAUAAAGGCAUAUAUUUUUGCCUUGUUUAAUGAGGAUUUGAAGCCCGGGCCCACUUCUGAGAGAAACUUUGGGCUGUUCAAACCCGAUGGUAGUGUUGCCUAUCAUAUUGGCUUCACUGGUAUUUCCUCUGCCCCCUCAUCCAUGUUUUCAUUCAAGGGUUUUAGGGCUCAAGGGUGGUUUGAGUACUCAAAAUUGUUGAUCAUAACAAUUUGUACGGCCUAUGUACUUUUGGGUGUAAUCUCCUGAUACUUUUUGGGGAAAUUUUUAUUCUGUAUUGUGAGUAUGUACCGUUCCAUAUAGAAGUAUAUAUUUCCAUGCACAAGAUGAAAUUUAGAGCUCAAAUUUAUUUUUUAGAUGUGGAACUAAUUCUUUGUACAGAAUACCGCAUUCAUUAUUUAAUUAAUAUAUAAAGGAAUUAUAUUCUGUUA